AUGUCCGAACAUAAUGUCCCGUCAGGGACAGCGUCAAAUGCGCCGACUCCUUCUCUCGAAUUACCAGCGCCCCAAAUUGUGACGCCUGCAUACCCAAGCCCUGUUCCCAUGAUGAACGCACCUGCACCACUUCUCAGACCUGCGAUUGGAGGCGGCAGACCCAGCGGCUCUCGAACACCAAGAUUAGGCCUCGCCAUUCCUCCAUCGCCUAAUGCAAAAGCUGUCGGAGGUCCAGCUCUUGGCGGCAGGCCUCAGCUACCGACUUUAAAGUUAGCCACGCCCAUGGGCAGCCAUGUAACGCCGUACGAACAACCCGCCAGGCAGCCCGGAGCUCAGCCUGGUCAAUCUGCAAGUGGUGGCAGUGAGAGUAGUGCAGAACAUUCGAGGUCCGGGAGCUUUGGACCCCUAGAUGGCCGAGCGAGUAACCCUACCUCUGCGGGCUCGCAGUUUUCUGCUCUUUCUUUCGCAUCACAAUAUGGCAUUGGUUCAAGGCCACAGGGGACACCAGACCCCAUAUCUGCGGCAGUAUCUCUCUACUCGGAAAAGAGCGAAGGUGGAGUGGGUAUGGAACGUGAUGGAAGCAUGCAGGGCCUCGAGAGUAGUUUUGACAAGCUCGCUCUGGAAAAAGCCCGAACUGCCGAUGUCGAAGAUCUAGAUGAUGAAGGCUGGAGGAUCGCAAGUAUCGAGAAGAGAAUCGUGGAACUCGGUGGAUUGGGCGAAGGUGCAGGAGGAGCUGUCACAAGAUGCAAACUGACAGGCGGAAAGACUGUCUUUGCCCUCAAGGUCAUUACUACUAAUCCUGACCCCGACGUAAAGAGACAGAUUGUACGGGAGAUCAACUUCAACAAGAGUUGCGCCUCAGAUCAUAUAUGUAGGUAUUAUGGUGCAUUUGUUGAUCCUGCAACCGCAACAAUCUCGAUAGCCAUGGAAUUCUGUGAGGGCGGUUCACUGGACAGCAUUUAUAAAGAGGUAAAACGCCUCGGUGGGCGUACAGGCGAGAAAGUGCUAGGCAAGAUUGCCGAGGGCGUCCUAGGUGGUCUCACAUAUCUUCACAGCAAGAAGAUCAUUCAUCGCGAUAUAAAGCCCAGCAAUAUAUUGCUGUGCCGCGACGGUGCAGUCAAGCUCUGCGAUUUCGGUGUUUCGGGAGACUUCGGAACCAAGGGCGAGGCGAAUACUUUUAUUGGUACCAGCUACUACAUGGCUCCUGAGCGGAUCACGGGCCAAAGCUAUACGAUCACCUCAGACGUUUGGUCCACAGGAGUCACGCUGCUAGAGGUUGCCCAGCAUCGCUUUCCCUUCCCAGCCGAUGGCACAGAAAUGCAGCCGAAAGCAGGCCUCAUCGACUUAUUAACCUACAUCGUUCGGCAAGCAAUUCCUAAGUUGAAGGAUGAGCCGGACUCGAAUAUUUACUGGAGUGAUAGUUUCAAGUAUUUCAUUGAGUGCUGUCUCGAAAAGGAGCCAAGCCGUCGGGCUACUCCCUGGAGAAUGCUUGAACAUCCCUGGAUGGUCGAAAUGAGGACGAAACGCGUCAACAUGGAAAAAUACCUUUCCCAAGUCUGGGGAUGGGACGAGUCGGGGAAGGCGGCUUGA